UCCGUGGCGGUAAAAGCAAAUGCUAAAACCGUGAAACGAUACUUCUCUCAGUUUCGCGUUCGCUAGCAGACAGUCAGCAUUGUGGCUGGGAUACGGUGUUGAAAUUAUUCCUUUGAGUUUUUUUUAUUGUUAUUUCGUAGUACGCCUCGAAGUUCAACCAAUGGCGGGCCCUUGGGUCGAGUUUCGUGCUUAGGAGGACCAUAGUACAUACAAUCUCCAAUGCGAAUGGAUUGGCCUCCGUCGGAAUCAAUCGUAUCGAUUUCAAAGUAUGUGGGAAUAGUGCUCUGUGUGUACGCAUAACUAUUCCUGUUUCAAAAAACGAGUGAUGAUCAUUUUGAAAAGUGGUGCAGAGAAAUUGUACGGCGAACAGAAGAAAGAUAUCAUCAAGCCUUACAACAUCAAAUAGGAAACCGCGUUGGCAAAGGAAGAGAGGGAAUGAAAAACGGGGAAUGUGGGAAGCCGAAAGUUAUUGAAGAAUGAUUGUUUCAUGUCAUUCACACGGUGCAUUCAAGAAACUCAGACUCAGCUAAUUGGCGGACUGGAAUCCAGUCGGUGGAUAGCUGAGGAGAAAACAAAGCUUAAUAAUAAAGAGUUUACACUGACUGGGUUUCAAUUAAUAAAAAAGAAACAAAAAAGGGUUUUUGUGUGUAUCCUGUGAUAGAUCAAAUGGCAACUCGGAAUAGUUGGAAACCCGUUAUUCAAUAGCAAUCCUAUCAUGAUUUCAUCAAUUGGUGUUGCGAAGAUCAUUACGUUCUGUUUCAUAAUCGUAUUUUUAAAAGUGAAAUUGUGUGUCAGUUUCGUUCCCGUACGUAGAAGCGUCGUCCUCGUUGGUGAUGAGUCACCCCAGCCUGAGCCGGUCGGAAGGCGGCUGAAUGUUUCAUCGAUGCUGAUUACUGGCAGCUUCGUGGAUUACAGUGCAAAUAAUAAUCAUCUUCACCAACACGCGUUCGGGAUGUCUACAGCAUCCCACCACGUGCGCCAUCAGCAUCACCAUGUGAAAAGUCAACAAUCCGCCAACAAGGAGGAGGAGAAGGUGCGAGCCGUUCGCGCUUUCAGCAGAAACAACCAUUCCCGGGUAGCUAAGCAUCAUCAUCGAUUUAAUGCACAUCAUCAGUCAAUUCACAACCAUUGCCGUCUAGCUCCGGACGCCGGCAGUAAAACCUACACAAGGCAUCCUAAUAACGGCAAUAGACCGCGGUUGCUGCAUAACUUCGUAACCGGCGGCAAUCGAUCUUCGCUGCCGGGAACGCCGCCAGAUGAGCACAAGACAGUACGGCCUGAACACGGUAAUUUAAGUAAAGUAGGUAAGAAGUCAACCGUAAACAACCGGGUAGCUUCCCAGCGAAGAUCUCAUUCGGUCACAACUGUAUCGCCUACACCGGUGCUGCAACAAGCGGACAAACUAAGGAACAUCAGCCAGAACAGAGCUAGCAACAAUAGAACCAGAGGAACCAGUUUCUACAGCAAAAGAUAUUUUCAAGAUCUACUCAAUAGUUAUAAGCGAAAUUCCCCCUACAAUAAGGAGGAGGAUAGAAUUGAUUCGAAUUUAAUGACAAAAUCGUUAGCACGACCGAAGGGCAAAUGUGUGGGGGCAGAUUGUAGGAAAGUCGUUUCGCUGCAGCAGGAAAACGAUGAGUAUGAUUACGAUUACGAAGACGACGAGGACGAUGAUGAAGAUGAUGGUGAUAAUGAGGAGGAGGAAGAGUACGAUGAUGAUAAUAGCGUCGUAGGUGCUGAUGAUGAUGCUGCUGCUGAUAAUAAACGUCAUAACGGCGAUUAUUUUAACCGCAAGCACAUCGAGACCCAAGGCGACGCUGGGUAUGGCAGCAUGGUCAUAGUUAACGGAAGUUCAAUCCAAGACAGCCAUAAACAAACUGUCAAAAGAAAGCAGAGCAGCGAAGGGUCAAAACAUGAUGAUAAUGGCCUGGAUGCAGUUGGUCGUAAGGAUACUUUCUCUGCACAUGCAUCCACCCUAUCAGGGUCGAGCUCCCCACAGUCUUCAAUGGAAUUAAGAAAACUUUCAAAACCAUCUCAUCGAACGGAUAUAUCACGACUAGCUUCCCACCACGCUAGUAAGAUCCGACAGGAAGGAUCCUGCUCGGUUCCGAAACCAAAGAUAAUCCUAGCCUCGAGUGAUCCCACCAAGCAGUACACCCCACAUUGCACAAUACUGCACCGGUGCGGGGAUGACGUGGGUUGUUGCCCUCCAACCCAGACUUGCGCUUCCUCGAAGAAUGCCACAAUUGAACUUUACUUCUUUGUUCAAACCGUGGGAGCAAGGUCAUCAAUCGAAAGACUGAGUUUCAUAAACCACACCGAGUGCGCAUGCAUUAAUCGGUUGGAAUCGAUUGCAGCAGCUCCAGUGGUGUCAUCAACGGUGCAGCCGACUGUGUUGACGGCACCGAACUGCACUUGUCCCGUAUUGUUCCAGCGGGUGAUCGACGAUGAUAACCGCUGUCAUUGCGAUUGUUCAUCGAGCGAUACGCAGUGCGAUCAGUUCAAACGUGGUUUGGAACAUUUUUCCAUGGAAAGUAGAAGGUGCAUCCUGAAUGGUCGCUGCCAUGAGCCUUUGUGCGAAUAUGGACACUACAGCAAGGCAAAGGGGAAGUGCCCCACCAGAGAGGACAAGCUGAGCUAUUCCUACAGGGGUUGAGGAUUUGUAAAUAUUUUGUACGCGCACGCAAGGUCCUCUCGAGAUUCUCGUCUGCCAUAUCGCAUUGUGUAAUAAACACUGAUUUCAUCGGAAAUUGUGUUGAUCACCAGUAACAAAAGAAAAAAGAAUCGACUGUAUACGAAUAGUAGCUUUGUUUUUAGUUUCGCUGAUGAUGCAUCUAUUUAUUUCGAAACCAAGUAAACUUGAUUGAUCUGAAGUUUAAUUAGAUGUGCUAAGUAAAUUAAUUUAAGAAUACUGUAAGUCAAAUGAUAAUAUAUUAUACAUUUUUUGACAUAA